CAUCUCUCUGUCUCCCCCUCUCUCUCUCUCACUGUACAUCUCUGCUCUCUGCUCCUCCCAUGGCGUUUGGAUACAUAAGGCAGUUUCUGGCUUCGGAGGCAUUCAAAAAUACAGGGAGAGAAAUAAGGGACGUCGGUCCGAGACUGGUAAAGUUCGUAUGCUUCGUCCAAGUCACCAAGACGCACCUCCUCACCGUAGCUCUGAAACACGGGGAUGGGUUGUGAUUCCGUGUGUGCAGUGCUACGGUCCCAGCAUGCUCCCGACCAUCGGCCUGGCCGGAAAUAAUUUGUGCUUGGCUGAACGUAUCUCGACCCGGUUCGACAGAAUCGGUGUCGGAGAUAUUGUCAUGGUACGGUCGCCUGAGGCUCCUCGGAAGACCGUCGCCAAGAGAUUGAUAGCAACGGAGGGUCAGUCUGUUACUUAUGUUGUCGACCCUAAGAACGGUGAUCGGUCGGAGACUAUAGUGGUUCCUAAGGGACAUGUUUGGGUGGAGGGAGACAACAUCUAUGCCUCGCGUGAUUCGAGGAAUUUCGGGCCGGUUCCUUACGGGCUUGUUGAAGGCAGAAUCUUCUGGAGGAUAUGGCCGCCUAAAGACUUUGGAUCGUUGGAGCAAAGCAAAGGGAAGGAUAUGGACUCCUGAGGUACACUUACUGAACAUGCACACUGUUAGUAAGCCAUCUGUAACUAGACAAUCUUGUUCUGAAGCUGCUGUUUGAGUGAUGUAUAAGCUCCUUUUAAAUCAUUGAGCGGAUAAAAUCAUUGAGCGGAUAAAUUCUUGUCCAAGACACUAGACUUUUGUGGUUAGAUCUUUAAUCCACCACCAACUUACGUUUCAGUGAUUUCUCCAUUGAUGUCACGGUUUACUGUAUACGUGGAUUGUGAUUGGCUUUCGA